AGGAAAAGAAGCCAAACCACAUAUUUCCCACCAAAAAAGAAAAAGAAAAAAAAAAGGAAAAGAAAAUCAGAAUUUCCUCUCCAACAAAAAUUGACAAAAUUGGAAGAUUCUGUCAGAUUCAUGUGUGUUGGUUAUAUCCACCACCUCUUCUGUGACGAAAAACAAGGAUUUUUACACCUGGGUCGUCGUUGAUUCUUCUUCAACCGUUUCAUUGAAUCGGUUUCGGUCGUUGAAUCAGGGAAAAACUAUGAGCAAUUUGAGAACCCUAUGCAGGAGUCACACGGUGUUCUCCUUCAUCAGUUGCAGGCACCAAUUUCGAUCCAGGGCUUUGUUUCGGAACCCUAAUUGGAAGCCGAGUUUGCAAUCUCCGUCACUGUAUUCUACUUGCCUUGGUUCGAGCAGGACCGUGCCCUGGUUUCGCGUGAAUCAGAGAAGAACUGUGACCAAGGCAUCAAAAUGGGAUGAAGAGAAAUCCCCAUAUGAAACUCUUGAAUUGGAAAGAGAUGCUGAUGAGGAGCAGAUAAAGAUUGCUUAUAGACGUUUGGCCAAAUUUUAUCAUCCAGAUGUCUACGAUGGUAGAGGAACCCUUGAAGAAGGUGAAACAGCAGAAGCUAGGUUCAUCAAGAUUCAAGCUGCUUAUGAAUUGCUUAUAGAUGAGGAGACGCGAAGAAAGUAUGACAUGGAUAACCGGGUCAACCCUAUGAAGGCAUCUCAAGCAUGGAUGGAGUGGCUUAUAAAAAAGCGAAAAGCUUUUGAUCAGCGGGGUGAUAUGGCAAUUGCUGCUUGGGCUGAGCAGCAACAGCGCGAGCUGAAUAUUCGCGUCCGACAACUUUCUCGUUCAAAGAUUGAUCCCGACGAAGCAAGGAGGAUCCUGGCAAGAGAAAAGAAGGCUUCUGCUGAAAAUUUCAGCAAUACCCUUAAAAGGCACACACUUAUACUUAAGAAAAGAGAUUUGAUGCGAAGAAAAGCUGAGGAAGAAAAGAAAAUGACUAUCAGCCAGCUCUUGGCAGCAGAAGGUCUUGAGCUAGAUUCAGAUAGUGAUGAGGCGCUGUAGUGAACUUACCAAUAGCUAAUACUUGAUUCAACACCAUCAUGUCUCUUUCCAUGAAUCUAAUUAUUUUUUAAUUAUAAUUAUAUAGAAGUUAUGUGUACAUAUAUUUUGUUACUUCAGGACUAAAUACCAAAAUCAAAAUGGUUUUAGAUCAUAAGUUUUACAAAUUUGGGUGUAAUUAAAAUUGUAAAUUCAAUUCUACUUCUAUUAUCUACUUCAUUAUAAA